AUGGCCGAGGGCGGCGGGGGCGCGCGGAGGAGGGCACCCGCGCUGCUGGAGGCGGCCCGCGCGCGCUAUGAGAGCCUGCACAUCUCGGACGACGUGUUCGGCGAGUCGGGCCCGGACAGCGGCGGGAACCCCUUCUACAGCACCUCGGCCGCUUCGCGCUCCUCCUCAGCAGCCUCCUCUGACGACGAGCACGAGCGCCCCGCGCCCCCGGGGACCGCCCCGCCGCCCGGCUUCCCCGACUCACAGGAGCCCGAAGAGGACGAGGCCAGCGCCGGCUGGAGCGCAGUGCUGCGGGACCGCCCGCCUCCGCGUUUUGAGGACACCGGCGGUCCCACACGGAAGAUGCCCCCCAGUGCCAGUGCCAUGGACUUCUUCCAGCUGUUUGUCCCCGACAACGUGCUUAAGAGCAUGGUGAUGCAGACCAACAUGUACGCCAAGAAGUUCCAGGAGCGAUUUGGCAGCGACGGUGCCUGGGUGGAGGUGACACUGGCUGAGAUGAAGGCCUUCCUGGGCUAUGUGAUCUCCACCAGCGUCUCCCACUGUGAGUCUGUCCUCAGCAUCUGGAGCGGCGGCUUCUACAGCAACCGCAGCCUGGCCCUGGCCAUGAGCCAGGCCCGCUUCGAGAAGAUCCUCAAGUACUUCCACGUUGUGGCCUUCCGCUCCAGCCAGGCCACGCAUGGGCUCUACAAGGUGCAGCCCUUCCUCGACUCCCUGCAGGGCAGCUUCGAGGCCGCCUUCAGGCCGUCCCAAACCCAGGUGCUACAUGAACCCCUGAUUGAUGAGGACCCUGUGUUUGUCGCCACGUGCACGGAGCGUGAGCUGCGAAAGAGGAAGAAGCGGAAGUUCAGCCUCUGGGUCCGGCAGUGCUCGUCCACCGGCUUCAUUGUCCAGAUUUACGUCCACCUGAAGGAAGGUGGAGGUCCAGACAGCCUGGACGCCCUGAAGAACAAGCCUCAGCUACACAGCAUGGUGGCCAGGAGCCUGUGCCGCAGUGCAGCCGGCAAGAACUACAUCAUCUUCACGGGGCCCAGCAUCACCAGCCUGACACUGUUUGAAGAGUUCGAGAAGCAAGAGAUCUACUGCUGUGGCCUGCUUAGCUCCCGGAAGAGUGACUGCACGGGACUCCCGCCAUCCAUGCUGACUAACCCAGCCACACCGCCGGCCCGCGGCCAGCACCAGAUCAAGAUGAAGGGGAACAUGUCCCUGAUCUGCUGGUACAACAAGGGGCACUUUCGCUUCUUGACCAACGCCUACUCCCCAGUGCAGCAAGGGGUCAUCAUCAAGAGGAGGAGUGGGGAGGUGCCCUGCCCCCUGGCCGUGGAGGCCUUCGCUGCCCACCUCAGCUACAUCUGCAGAUACGACGACAAGUACAGUCGGUACUUCAUCUCCCAUAAGCCCAGCAAGACCUGGCAGCAGGUGUUCUGGUUUGCCAUCAGCAUUGCCGUCAACAACGCCUACAUCCUGUACAAGAUGUCUGACGCCUACCACGUGAAGAGGUACAGCCGGGCGCAGUUUGGAGAGAGACUGGUGAGGGAGCUGCUGGGCCUGGAGGACAUGUCGCCCGCCCACUGAGGCCAGCCCCAGGCAUGGCGGGAGGAGGGGAGCCUGCCCAUCAGGGACCCUCGGUGAGGUUUGCAUCCAGAGAGGCGCGAGUUCCCCCAGGGUGGCGCUCCCAUCUCAGCUGUCUCGUCCUCCUGAUGCCCUGGAGCCUGCAAGGCUGUGUGCAAGGUGCCU